AUGGUCUCCGCGUCCAAGCCACCCCCGCCCACUCCCAUCCACAUCCUCCGCACUCACAACGCACCCCUCGCCGCCGUCUCCUUCUCUGCUGACAACGAACGCCUCUAUUCCGGCGAUGGGGCGGGCACCGUUGUGAUUACAAACACCCGCACUCUCAGGCCUCUGGCCGUCUGGCAGGCCCACACAGACGCGAUCCUCGGGAUACAGGAGUGGACCAGCGCAGAACCAGGCGGGGAGCGCCUCGUCACCCACGGCCGCGACAACAAGCUGCACGUCUGGCAGCGCGUGCGCGACGCCGCGGCCGCCCUCGGGCACUCCGCCGCGACGCCGGGGCUACAGCUGCCGCAGUGCUGCUACUCCCUGGACGUGAACGCGCUCAACUACUGCCGCUUCUCGCUCUUGUGCGUCGCGCCAGACGACGCACACAACGGGGAGCGUGCGCUCAUCGCCGUGCCGAAUCUCGUCGAGUCGUCUCUGGCGGACAUAUGGACGCUGCCGGGUCUGCAGAGGCUGCAUGCUGCUAUCGGGACGGCCGGGAAGCCCCCGACGCCCGCCCCCAUCGAGGGGCGGGGCCUGAACGCGACAGGGAUCAUCAUGGGGAUGCACCUGUUCCAGGUGCCCUACCCUCAUUCGUCCGAGCGCCAACAGCUGCGCCUGUUGUGUGCGUACGAAAACGGCAGCGUGACGUCGUGGGGGUAUAUGCGGACGGACAAGGAGACCUCUGUAGAGGGUGUGGGUUGGGAGGCCAUUUGGAGUGUGAAGCUGCACGUCGAGUCGGGUGCGCUCUUCAUGGCCAUGGCCGUUUCCAGAGACGCAUCGUUUGCGUUGACAGUGUCUGCAGACCACUUGAUUGGGCGUGGUCGUUUACACGCGGUGCAGCUCGCUGAAAGCCCCGACACACGAGAGUCUGCCUGUGCGGUGCACCGCACGAAACACCCAGGAAACGCAGCCGUUGCUAUCAGAGAUGACGGCCGAGUGUGUGCUGUGGGCGGCUGGGACGGCAGGAUACGCCUGUAUUCUACAAGGUCCAUGAAGCCUCUCGGUACCCUAGACUACUACAAGAAGAGCUGCCAGGCUGUUGCCUUCGCCAGAUUGGCUCCGCACGUGGCCUCGGCACCUAAUAGGGCCCCCAACGCGGACGAAGACAGCGAAGAUGAGAUGGGUGAUGAGGAGAAGGCGGACCGGAGUCGUUGGCUGGCCGCAGGUGGACAAGAUGGACGGGUUACAGUAUGGCCUCUGAUGAGCUUCGGCGGUUCGGGAACCUAG